CAUUUGGUAUACGAAAAUCUCUGUGUGAGCUAAAGCUUGCUCUUCGUAUGUGAAAUUUGUGUGUAAGGCUGGGAACAUAAAAUAUUGUAAAACGGAAAUUGUGGCUUAGCACACUAUGUCUAAUUAUGAAACAACAAGGGACAUUCGUUUUUGGUUUAAAGUAUGGACCCAACAGAAUUUGUACUGUUGUGCUACGUGUAAACUACAAGAAGUAGCGGUUAUUCUUUGACAUGGCGUGUCAACGGAAAAUAAUGAAACUCUGUACAAUUUCGCUGAGUUAGUUUCCGAAUAUCGUACCUCAUACAGCUGCCAGCAUGAGUGAGAUACUAAAAUCAUUCUCACCUCAAGACGAUGACACAGUAACAGCGUUUGUGUAUGGAGUUUAUGAAAGAGAUGGUCGUCGCGGUAGCAGAGGUGGAGUUGGAGUCUGGUUCGGAGAAAAUCACACUCUAAACAUUUCAGAGUCACUGGAGUCCUGUUAUUCAAAGAGCAAUGCAGAAAUUAAAGCAGCAGCUCGUGCAAUAGAACACGCCAAGGCCGCAGGUAUAAAAAAGCUAUGCAUAAAAACAGAUUCUGAAUUUUUGGUAAAGAGUGCAUCUCACUGGAGCAAGGCUGGCUGUACUUUAGAGGCAGGUGGUAGCUGGGCCCAGAAUCAAGAAGAUUACAAAGUACUAUAUGAUGCAAUAACGGACAGUGGAAUGGAAAUCAGAUGGCAUUAUGUUCCUGGACACAGUGGUAUUGAAGGCAACCAGAAGGCAGAUGCACUCGCAAGAUUGGGAGCCCAGAUGAGUGCAAACGAUGCUGGUGAUGCUACACUCUCUGAGAAUUUGAAAUCCAAAGAGAAUUACAGUAGAUAUUACUGAUGCUUACCUUCUUACAGUUGCUUUAUUCUGAAAGUAAGUUUUGCAGCAUGAAUCUAAAUUAAAGACUUGAAUAAUAUCAUUUCCUGUAUUUGUCGAACAAAUAAAUCACUUUAAAAACUACAAA